GCUUGCAUCUCCGUACCUUUAUAUAAUCCCCCACACACAUGCAAUGCAACACCAAGCACAAGCAAAACCACAAGCAGCAGCUAAGUAACAAAACCGAUUAGCAGGUAGGCAUGGCUGAGAGGGAGGGAGCGGUGGUGAAGAAGGGGCACGAGGAGGGCCUGAAGAUGGCCACGUCGCUGCUGGAGGAGUUCGGGCUUCCCCUGGGCCUCCUGCCGCUGGCUGAGGUCAUCGAGGUGGGCUUCGUGCGGGCCACGGGCUACAUGUGGAUCUCGCAGCUGAAGAAGGUGGAGCACCGGUUCAAGCUGGUGAGCAAGCAGGUGAGCUACGACGUGGAGAUCACCGGGUACGUGCAGCCCAAGUGCAUCAAGAAGCUCAAGGGCGUCAAGGCCAAGGAGCUCAUGCUGUGGCCGCCGGUCAACGAGAUCACCGUCGCCGACCCUUCCACCGGCAAGAUCGUCUUCAAGAGCCUCGCUGGCGUCACCAAGACCUUCCCCGUCGAGGCCUUCGCAGCGGGCCAGUAAUCGCGCCGCGGACAUGCUUCCUGUUUGUCGCCGCUCACAAAUCUUACGCAGUCCGCCGAGGCCCGCGCCCAAGGAGAUGCAUUCGUUUAAAUUUCGCGAGUCAAUUUGCUGUUUCCAACAUUACGGUACACCU